AUGGACUCGGAGAGUCCUCCCCCUGCUGCCCCAGGCAGCAGCAACAGCAGCAGCAACAACAACAGCAGCAGCAGCAACACUGUCGUUAAGAGUGAAAACAGCAGCAGCAGCAGCAGCAGCAAGAGCAGCAGCAGCAGCAAUAUAGAGCAGCUAUACUGGGCGCUGCGGCGGCUGCCUAGGAGUGCCUGGCCUAAGGCUAUGCAAAGAUUGCCGCCGCAGCAGAAGCAGCAACUUAAGGAAUUUAUAUUGCAGCAAACCAAGCAGCAGCAGCAGCAGCAGCAGCAGCAGCAGCAACAGGGGCAGCAGCAGCAGCAGGGGCAGAAUGAAUCGGGGUUCCGUGAAAUCAAGACUGAACCCAACUCAACAGCGCAGCCUGAUCAUCUUCCUGCUGCUGCUGCAAGCAGCAGCAGCAGCGGCAAUAACGAUGAGAGCAGCAGCAGCAGCAGCAACAGCAGCAGCAGCAGCAGCAAUCAGGCCAGCAACAGCAAAGACACAGCUGGAGCACCUAUACCAGACGCAGACAAGAACAUCCCUUCGCAGCAGCAGCAAGAUAAGCAGCAGCAGCAGCAGCAACUGCAGCAGCAACAGCAGCAGCAACAGCAGCAGCAACAGCAGCAGCAGAAGCGUCGUCAGCGGCAGCAAGACAGAAGAAGAGUACCAAGGGGCCUUGAGAAUUUUUCUGUUGAUACAAACUUUAUCCAUGAACAGUUUAUCCGCCUUCGGCAGCGGCUGCUGCAGCAGCAACUGCAGCAACAGCAACAACAGCAGCAGCAGCAACAGCAGCAGCAACGUGGACGGAGCAGCAGCAGCAGCAACAGCAGCCGCAAGCAGCUCUUAUCGUGGAUCGAGCAAGCAUGUUUUGUUGCAGGAGAUGCAUCUGCUGCAGCAGAUGGAAGCAGCAGCAGCAGCAGCAGCAGCAGCAGCAACACCGGUCCGACUGCUUCUGCUGUUGCUGCUAUUGCUGCUGCGGUGCAUCCAACAGCAGCAACAGCGUGGAAGCCAGCAGCAGCAGCAACAGCAGCAGCAACAGCAACAGCAGCAGCAGCAGCAGCAGCAGCAGCGAGAUAUUUCCCUGUAGAGAGCAACAGACUAAAUACUGUUGCUGCUCUCCAUCGAGGUGUCCGUCGUCUAACAGCAAAGGGGGCUGAUUUUAGCUCUUUGCUGCUGCAGCAGGAGCAGCAGCAGGACCAGCAGCAGCAGCAGCAGCAGCAGCGUGAACCAUCUGGAGAUACCUCCGCCACAGCAGCGGACGGAGCAGCAGCUGCAUCCCCAGCAGAUGGUGCAACAGCAGCAGCGCCACCAUCAGCAGCAGCAGCAGGAGCAGCAGCAGCAGGAGGAACAGCAGCAGCAGCAGCACGAAUAAACAGUUUAAGGGAAAAAGUAUUAUGUGCAGAUCGUCAUACAACACGUUUGCUGCUGCACAGCCACAGGACUAGCUGCAUGCAGAGGCAGGAGUAUCAAUCCUUUAGCAGCACUCGUGCUGCACUUAAAUCUGCUGCUGCUGCUGCUGUUGGCUGCUUUGUUGCUGCUGUAUCCCCUCCCUUAUUAGCUGCUGCACGCAAACCGCAACAGCAACAGCAACAGCAGCAGCAACGGCAGGGAGAAGCACAUGCUGCUUCGAACACAGCAGCAGCAACAGCUCCUGCUGCUGCUGCUGCUGCUGCUGAUCUGGUUUCCGCGGAAGGCAUACCCAGAAAUGCUGGUGCUGCUGCAGCAGGGGCAACAGCAGCAGCAGCAGCAGCAGCUUCCCCUCUCCCUGGGGCAUCAUCCGAUAGCUGUUCCUCCUCAACAGCAACAACAGCAAUAGCAGCAGCAACAACAACAGCAACAGCAGCAGCAGCAACAGCAGCAGCAGUGACUCUGUCUGUUCCUAGCGGAGCUAUGGAGUUUGUUUGUUUUCUUGCGCAGCAGCAAAUGCAUGCAGUAGUAGAACUAGCCAUGCGGCUUGCUGCUCUCAACGAACACAAGCAGCAGCAGCAGCAGCAGCAGAAACGGCAGCAAGAGCAGCAGCAGCAAGAUCAGCAGCAAGAGCAGCAGCAAGAGCAGCAGCACACCUCCUCGGAGACUGAGUGGCUGCUGCCGCCAGCUGACGUCAUGAUUACUCAAGAAAGUUUGCUUGCAGAGCUGCCAACAAUUGCUGAAAUUGUCGCCACACUGAAGGAGCAGCAGCAGCAGCAGCAGCAGCAACAGCAGCAGCAACAGCAGCAGCAACAGGAUGCAGAAGAGGCGGCAACGAAGAGCAAGAAACGUCAACGAACGAGCAGCAACGAUAGCAGCAGCAGCACCAACAACGGCAGCAGCAGCAGCAGCAGCAGCAUGAUCUCUAUACCUACAGCUGCGUAUGAGACAGCUACAAGUCUGCUGCUGCAUCUGUGGCUCUUCCCUGCCUUUGAUGUACACGGUUUUGCUGCUUUAUGGGCAGACUUCGUAUCUUCUGCUGUUGAGGCCUACGGUGCAGAUGACGUCCAGCAGCAGCAGCAGCAGCAGCAACAGCAGCAGCAGCAGCAGCAGUUCCUGCGUCUUCCUGACGUCGAUCUUUUUGGCACUUAG